UGUACAAACUAGUCUAAAAAAGAAAAAAAAUUAUGUACACAUACUUGGAAUAAAAGUGUUCUUAAAACGAUUUGUAUGUGUACGGGGCAUGCCGCGUACGACAAGUUUAUAGUAAAAAGUUACGCGAGUAGCAGAGAAAUAAAGUUCUGUUGUGUCUAUAAAAAAAAACCUUAUAAACCGAUUUCGAUCGUUGUAUAUGACACGUCAAUAAAAAGUCAAGCGAGCAAAUAAAUAUUAUGUUGUGUCUAUUAGUGACCUUCGUUAGCUACCCACUGGUAGAUUCUUACACGUCCAAACAUUCAGUGAUGAUCAAAACCCAGGUAAACAGAUGUUGAUUGUCGCGUACGACAAGUUUAUAGUAGAAAGUUAGGGGAGUAACAGAGAAAAAAAGUUCUUUUGUGUCUAUUUGUGACCGUCUGGACCAUAACAAAUAAAAAAAACCUGGUGAACCGAUUUCGAUUGUCGUCUACGACGCGUCAGUAGAAAGGCAGGCGAGUACCAUACGAAUAAAUAUUCAUGACGUUGUGUCUAUUUGUGAUCUUCUUAACAACAACAAAUACCUUAUUGCCUAGUGCAAGAUAAGCGCGAUAUUUUUAAGAGAACAGUCUAUUGUUUAUCUGGUGGUGACUUUGAUUUAGUUUGUUAUUUAGUUCUUAUUUAAUAUUUUCGUUACUUCAGGUUAAAGUUCUGUGUCUGUUGAAGUUAAGGUCAGCAUUUUAUUUUCUGCGUCUGUUAAGGAAUAGUUUAAGGCAACGUUGUUCAGUCAUAAUCGUAUUUUUUUUUUUUUUAUCGCCUCGAUUGCUUUGCUUCGCUUCGUGUUUUGCAUCGAUUGGUUUGAUUUCGUUUUGUCGAUGAAAGACAUUAAGCGCGUAAAGACCUUUAUGACUACCUAGCUAUCACUUGUUUAGCGUUUUAGUAAUUCGCGUUUAGAUCAUAGAUGACUUAACUAAACAUUAUUAAACAUUGUUUAUGUUGGAUACGUAUGUCUCGAUGGGGGAAAAAUAAAUCAAAUAGAGCAAGUAACAGAUACUAGAAAUACGUUCCGCGUUCACAUUGACGGAAGUUUUGAGACAUGGUUCAGAGUGUCCGUAAAGCUGAAGCCCGUGUGCAAAGUAGGAUUGUGUCUCGCUGAUACACACAGGAUUUUGGGGACUGCAAGCUAUAGCAGAAGUAAUAACUUCACAAACCACCUUUGAAGCAACGCGCUAACUAAGUUUGUCAGAGGGUGACAAGAAAGCAACAAAACAAUUCAGCCAUUCCAUCGAUUGUAACCUACCAUGGGUUUUAUUACAACUGGAACCCUUUCGAUUUUGUAUCUCUGUAUUUUAAAUCCAAGUUUUGCUACGAUUGCACAAGAUAAAAUCGUGGAACAAGUCGACUGGAACGAUUACAAUGUUCACAUCACGGAGAGAGGAACGAAAUUAAUUGAGAAGAUACGGAUUGACGAGGAAAACAAUCUUGUGUACUUCCACGUACCGGCUCACAAUGGACUUGCCGAAGCUGACUAUCUUUUUGACUUCAAUAAGAAAAUAUCAUUGCGCUGCACAAAAAGUGAAGCCAAAUGUUAUCUGGGACCACUGCCUCACACCUUGCCAAAGCCUGCUGAUCUAAGGACUGGAUUGCAAAUGACGCUCAAAUCUCCUUCAAAAAGCAGUGAAAUCGUCCGAAAGUACUGGGCUGUUGCAGAAGAAGUUGAUAAAACUCUCCUCAGUGAACAGGUUCAAGAAUUUUGUGGCCAGUUCCCAGUUAUUCGCUUGGAAGAGGUUGACUUGAACUCCGUGAAAACCGGUAUCGGGAAGGAAAGGAAUUUCGUAAAAAGCCGUUUAGCAAGAAGCGACAGGUUGAAAAAUAUGCCCCUCUGCUCCCCCUUAGAGGACUCUAAGCCAAAGAAAGAAUGCAACCCAGACACAUGGCUCUUCAAUUUGCAAAUCAGUGGCGAGUCUUGCACCUAUUGGAUCAAAAAUUGCAAUUUAGAUAAAGGAAGUAAAAAAAUAUGCCCGGAAUGGGAGCACAAAUAUACUAGCAUGAUCUGCUACAAAAUUCGGUGCCCUUAGAUGAGUUGCAGUGAUUUUACAUGGACACUUCUCAAAUCACUGCCAAAGAAUCCUUGCCUGUGAACAAAUAAAACUGAUUCAUUUUGAGGAAUUCAA